AUGAAUGGCAUGGACGACAACGAAGAAGAGGACAACUUCUUCGCGGACGAUUUCGACGAUUUACCUGACAAUGCCUGGGACGAACUCGAACAGAACGCAAUUCAAUCGACUCAGCAUCCACAAAUCGAUGACACCAAGCAGCAGACAGCUGUGGGACCGAACAGCUACCUCGGAAACGUAGUCUAUCGAAAUGUAGCACCUCCAAAACCCGCCAGACAACCCUUUCAGCUGCCCAUCAACCAUCAAUUUCCACAGCAGCAAUAUGCACAAAGACAGCCAUAUGUUCAACCAACCGAUACUAGUGUCUACGAAGAUAACGACAUACCAACUCCAGUCGAGGAGAGGGAGGUCUACUUUCAUCAGAAUGCAGGAGGGAAUGUCACAGAGAGAGAGCAAUGGCGGCAGCAACGGUAUGGAGAAGCAAGCCGACCUUCCAAGCAAGCAGCUAUCGCGUAUGAACAGCCUUACACGCGAAAUUUUGAAGAACAUGAGUUGAAUGAGCACAAUCUCGAUAUGGAUGUGGACCGCACAGCUGCGCUGAACUCCGUCAAUGACCAACAGUCAAAGCAGCAGCAUGACUCGGAGCGAGAGGAGGCACUUCGGUCACAGAUUGCUGAGUUACUCCGCGAGCGAGACGACCUAACAAAGGAACUUCAGACAGCAAAGUCGACUGUCAUGACACAAAUGGGAGAGAUCUCAAUCAUUCGAGCAAAUCAAGCCAAAGAUAGUACAGGGUUUGAUAGACAAUUGGUCGCUCUCAAAAAGUCUAUACAGGAAGAAGCCGAGAAACACAAGCGAGAUAUCGAAGCUACAAAUAAGCGGAGUGAGAAGAUUUCCAAUGACAACCAAUUCUUACAGCAUGAACUGAAGGAAGAACUGGAGAAGAUUAAAGCGCUUCAGAAGAACUUAAGAGACAAGGAAGCCCGCCUAGCCAAAGGCGAUAGUACGGAAGGAGUCACAACUCCCAAAAAGACACGGCAACUACCACUUAGGGACGGGUUUGACGAUCAAGAUAUUGCGAUUGUCUCUCCUGUCAAGUCUGGUAGGAAGUCCAAGCCUGGAACACCGACUAAUGCGGGCAAGAGGAAGCGCAAAGUGCCUGAUGCGAGCCCGGUACCAGCUCUUACAUUUCAUGAUUUAUCCACCACACAAGCGAAGAAGGUGGAUGGCCAGCCAGAAGAGCCUGUCAAAAGAACGGAAAAGGCGCUUGUCAUUCGAAAGGACACUCGAGUCAAUCAAAGCUUGCAGUUUAUGCAACGUAUGCUGAAUCACCGUCUGGCUCCAACAAAAGAUAGAAUACUGGAAGUAUUCUCUCAGUAUGCCUUCCCCUCGGAUACGAAGAAGUCGUUCACAUCGGUUGUGUUGGAAGAGUCUGCAUCAUUGUCUGGUGAAACAUUGCCAUCUGGAUUUACCAAAAUCAUUAUCGCUCUCUGGGCACAGGCUCUGAAAGAAAAGUACUACAUGCCCAUUGCAGCUUUGAUAGAGGUUGUGCAGUUUAUCCUUGCUCUCGAAAGCUCUGUCAUGAAUUCAGGCGUUAUCCAAAAAAUCGUCCCUGUCCUUCAGUCAUCCACGGAUGUCAAUGGCACCGUACGAUUCAACAAUUCUCCUGUAUCAUCCCAGAACUUUGGUCAGUCCAAGGAGACGCCCAAGUCCGAGCUCAACGAUGAAGUAGAUGGUACUGAAACCCUGGACAUGCUCUAUACAAUCGCCUGCUCCUGCGUCCGUAAACCCAAGCUCAUGGAAGAUUUGUGGCGAACAAUUGACUCCAACUCCAUCCUGAUGAUGCUCAACGUCGCCCAACCCAUUACCGACCUCACCCUCACCCUCAACCUACUUGCCACAAGCAUAACGCCCACCACCUUCGGCACCAUCAAGUCCAACGAAACAGACCAGCAAAAAAACGAACGCUACCUCGUCGACCGAGUCGCUUACCUCCUCUGGGAAACGCCGCGAGUCGACGAAGGCGCCCCCCACCCGACCAAACACGCCACCUACCAACUUCGAAUGGAAGCGCUCUCCCUCCUCUCUACACUUGCCUUCUCCUCACCGCACCCCCACAAUGACCCUUCCCAUCACGGCUCCCUCCUCCUAGCAACCCACCCUUCCAUCAUCGGCCGCCUGGUGCGCUUCAUCUACGACACCCUCGAUGCCCUCUACGCCCCCAUCGAACCCGCAUCGCCCCUCCAUUCUCUCCUCUCAUCCCUCAUCAACCGCGCCACCUUAUUACUCUACCGCCUCCUCGAGCUCCACGGCAAAGACAUCAAUCUGCACGAAAAGCUAACAGCGAUCAGCGGCGGCGUGCAGAAACACCGUGUCGUGCUCACCAGGUUGGCGUUUAGUGAGGGAUUGCAUCUCGAGAGUGGCAUCACCGAUGAGACGGUCGCCAUGGCGCAUGAAAUGUUGGAAGAGGCGGUCACGCCCGAGGAGGCGGAGGCCUUGAUCGAAGUCUUUCCUGGGUUUAAGGGGAGGGGAGGUGGCGAAGAAUAA